AUAAAGGAAUAUUUCCCGUGCAGGCUGCGUAAAGUUUCAGAAUGACUGUCAUUUAUCUGGUGAUUGCGGCGCUCCUUGUGUUUAUCACGGCCUCGUCUUCUGCUGAGACAGAACACCAAAAGCAGCGCUUUCAUGGAGUGCAGAAGAACGGGAAUCAAUGUGUCUGCACAGUGCGUUUUGCUGAAUGGGAGUUUCCAGUUGAAAGAUUUAAAGAGCUCCAAGAUCUGUCACAGAACUGUUCGAGUUCACUGAAUGAAAGAUUAUCCGAGAUAACAGCGAUUAACUUCAAGAUCCAAGUGUUCCUUGAAGAAAUGCAGAAUGAGACUGCUCGACUUAAACAGUUUGAGGCAAUGCAGAAACAGAGGCUGUACCAUCCACUUAACUUCUGGCCGCUUCGUUGGGACCUGAAACGACUACAGUCAGAGAUUGCAAAGGUGCAGAAUGUUUCCUUGCCAAAUACUAAGGCACUUCAAACGAUCUCCUCUGAGCUGAACAAUUCCUAUGUCAGUGUGCUAAACUUGCAACUGUAUGAUAAACAUAACUUACUGAACAUGAAAGACCGCUUGAAGAAAAUAAAGAACCGACUGGAGAGCUUUUCUGUCUAUGGCAAUGUGAAAAUUGGAAAUUGUUCUGGAGGAAUGUUACGUAACGUCACUAGGCCUUUAAUAGCACAACUCAACCCCUAUGGUUCAUCAUACCCUUACGGAGCCUGGGGCAUGGAUUCAAUGCCCGGAAGCCCGGAAUUGUACUGGGUUAUGGCACUAUUGUCUUCUAACAUCUAUGGAAAUUCAAUACGAACUUACUCCUCUUACAAAACCUUUCUCAUGUCAAACACUCAUGUAGAUUUUACAGUGGAAUCAUCCUACACCACACCCAAUGCGAUCCAGGGUCCUGGUGUUGUGCUUUAUAAUGGUUCUUUGUAUUAUAACUGUUAUAAGUCUGGAGAAAUGUGCAAAUUUAAUUUAAACACAAAGAAUAUUAUUCAUGUGAACCUACCCAAUGCUGGCCAUUCAAACAAAUUCCCUUACUGUUACUAUGAUUGUUAUGGUUACACAGAUAUAGAUUUCUCAGUGGACGAAAAUGGAAUCUGGGUUAUUUAUGCCACUGAAGAGAAUUACGGUAAUAUUGUACUGAGUAAAAUAAACAGCAAUAAUUUGGCUGUAUUACAGACCUGGAAAACAAAGCUCUUUAAGAAAGCAACAUCCAAUGCCUUUAUGGUUUGUGGGGUGCUUUAUGCCACGCGAUAUGUUAGCAAAAAUGAGGAGGAGAUAUUUUAUAUGUUUGACACCGUCACCAAUCAAGAGGCUAAAAAUCUUAAUAUCCGCCUCAUCAAAUUCUCUCCAGAUGUGGCAAGCCUUCAUUACAACCCAGUCGAUAGGAAGCUCUAUCUUUUUAAUGGUGGCUACAUGUUAUCCUAUGGUGUCUUGUUUUCCUGAGAAAUGCAGGCUAAUAAUUUUUUACAGCAUAUUUACUAAAACAAUGAUUUUAUGCAAUUAAAAUAUAUUUGGUUGAAGUUCACCUAACAAUCUAAGAAUGCCCAAGAUAAAAUGAAAUUUCAAAUAAUGGUUUGUUAGAGUCGAAGAGCCAGAACCUUGUGGAAAAAAGCAUUUAAAACUACAUUAAAAACAUAAAUUGUUGUCAGUGUUCAGCAUGUAGAGAGAAAAUUUGAACUGACUUUUCAGGUCAAUUAUCUUUCAUCAGUAUCAGUCUGCUUCUGUCUGUAUUGAUGCUGCCUGACCUCCUGAGUAUUCAUCGCAUUUUCUGAUUUGGUUUAGUUAUCACAUCUACUGCUUUAUUUGUUUUUCAUUACUGUAAAUGACCAUUUUCUCAGUAUAAGAUUCACAACUGUUGUAAAAGGGAGAGAAGAAAAUAAAUCUGGGCUUUUAAAUUGAAGUCUGAAGAAGGGUCGCGACCCAAAUCAUCAUUAAUUCCUUCUCUCCAGAGAUGUUGCCUGUCCCGCUGAGUUACUCCAGUUUUUUGUGUCUAUCUUCGGUUUAAACCAGCAUCUGCAGUUCCUUCCUACACUGUUAAAUUGAUUACCUCAUAUUUGGAUCUAACAUAUUUUACAGUUAAUGAAUUCUGAAAGAAGGUAUUUUGCACCCAAGCCAAUCAGUGCCUCAAGACAAAAAGAGCAUUUUAUAGCUAACUAGACCAAGUGGGACCC